CCUAAGUACGCAAAGAGCAUUUUGAAGCUUUCUAUUUUCCUUACCUCCUUGUGAAGAUACUAUUUUUAUGCUCUGCGAGAAUCUUCAGAACCACUCGAGGCAAAUCACUAAGAAUUCUUUUCAUCACAGUUCCCAUCACGACUAUUUUUAGGCGCUCGAGGCAGACUGAGCCUGAUAGGCUCUCCUUAAGACUUAGCGAGACCCUUCAACCUUUCAAUAUAGUACCUUGGGGAGCGCUCGCAAUGUGGUAUCUAGGUGUCCCUAUCGCCGUCGCGGCUCCUAUGAUUGUGGUGCAAGACAACGACUAUACCGCUGCUAUUAAACGGCUCGAGAGCGCAGGAUUCAAACAAAGUGUUCCGAAUCGCGUACCUCCUCCUGAAUUCAUGGAGAUUCAUCCGAACCCACAGCAAGUGCUGGAGGAGAUAAAUGCGGGCUAUGAACGCUUGGAUCGGUCUUGUGCAGUGUUUGAUUAUCCAAAUGGCGAACCAACAGAAAAAGGCCUGCAAGUGUAUUUGUUUCCCAACAUGUUUGCGCACUCUUUCCAGGACGAUUUCCCCCGCCCCUUGACUGAAGCAAAAGAUGGAGCGCCGAGAAAGCGAUUUGAAAUUUACGGCAAUUUGUGCUACCCUCUGGAACAAACGCUUCUGGAAAGCUUUGUUAAGGCUGCAAUCGAUGAAGAAACGGAAAAAGGCUUCUCUGCGUGGGGCGAGUUACUGAGGUCCUGGGUAUCUAUGAUGACAGGGUACCUAGAGGUUGACAAUGAUGCUCUUGAUCAUUGCCCAGAUCAAACUGCAGUGGAAUGGUACAGUCACAACUUUGGUCGGAUUCAUGAGGCCAAUUGUGGUCCCAUUGAUCGACGCGUUACGAAACGUCUAGGCUCGGGGAAAGAGAUGCCAGUAGAUAUGAGAGGAAAUCCUGUUUAGUUCUAGUUUGGUAGUGUUUUCGUCAUACGGCUACAAAUUCAUAGUUCAUUCUUGUCGG